CAAGUUUGGCAAGGAUAAACAUCUGAAGUAUCUCGAAGCACUGGAGAGAUGCAAACAAGUUGAUACAGUGGAGAACUACCAUCACAAAUUUGAGGAGCUCAGACACAAAGUCUUAGUGCAUAACAGGCACUAUGAUGAGGCGUUCUUUGUCACCAAGUUUGUGGGAGGGCUGCACCUGAACAUCCAGAAGGCCAUCAGGUUGCACAACCCAAAAACAGUGGACACCGCUCUCUCCUUGGCACUCACACAGGAAGAACUGCUGGAAGAAGCGAGACAAUACUCAAGUGCUAAAUUCAAGCACAACUACAAAACAAACUUCAGUCAUCCCUCCCCUGCAAAAGGAAUUUUGUCUGCACCCAAUGCUGAAGAGAGGAAACAUAUUCCUGACAAACCGCCUUGGGAAGACAGGUUUUCUUCCUUGAGAGCCCAGAGAAGGGCUAGAGGCGAAUGCUUCAAGUGUGGAGACAAAUUUCAACCAGGCCACAAGUGCGCCAAGUCUGUACCACUACACAGAGUGGAAGAACUGAUAGACAUUUUGAUGCUACAGUCCAAUUCCGACAAUGAAAAUGAUCAGCAGGAGUCUAGCAGUGGGGGAGAGGAAGAUGUAAUGUUGAUAUCUCAAUGCGCCACUGGUGGGGGUGUCGGUAAGAAAACAAUCAGGCUACAAGGGUGGAUGCAUGGCAAGCAAGUGCUGAUCCUAGUCGACUCUGGCAGCUCCGGGAGUUUCAUCAGCGAUAACACUGUAAAAGAUCUAGGCCUGGAGAAAAAGGAGGUGAGCCCAAUCACUGUAACGGUGGCAGAUGGGGGCAAAACAGUGUGCAACGAAAUGGUGGAAAAUUCAGUAUGGAAAUGCCAAGGACAGGUGUUCCAAACACAAUUGAGGGUGUUUGGGCUGUCUGGGUAUGACAUUAUAUUGGGAAUGGACUGGCUCUCUGAAUUCAGUCCAAUGUGGAUUGACUGGAAGAAAAAGGUCAUAAGGUUCAGAUAUGGGACCAAGAGAAUUACACUUAAGGGAGUCAAGGAUAACACAACCAAGUGUGCCCCAAUUUCAGCAGUGGAACUGCAGAAGCAAAUUCAAAAAAGAGCGGUGGUUCAAGUUGUGCAGUUGUGCUCAUUAGAGGAUGCUGGAAAAGAGGUGCUAUUGCCACCUGAAGUAGAACAAGUAUUGUCAGAGCAUACCAAAGUGUUUCAGGAGCCACAAGGCUUACCUCCGCACAGGGUCUUCGACCACAAGAUUGUGCUUGUUCCGGGGGCACAACCCGUGAAUGUGAAACCCUACAGGUACAGUCCCCAGCAGAAGGACGAGAUUGAAAGGCAGAUCACUGAGAUGCUCAAACAAGGAAUCAUCAAGCCCAGCCAUAGUCCAUUUGCUUCUCCGGUGUUGCUGGUCAAGAAAAAGGACGGCAGUUGGAGACUAUGUGUGGACUACAGGCAUCUGAAUGCCAUUACUGUCAAAGACUGAUAUCCAAUGCCGGUGGUGGAGGAGCUAUUGGAUGAACUGUCUGGGGCCAAGUACUUCACAAAACUAGACCUCCGAGCUGGGUAUCACCAAAUAAGAAUGGCAGAAGAAGAUGAGCCAACCAUGGUCACUUCGAAUUCAGGGUCAUCCCUUUUGGACUCUCUUGUGCUCCAGCUAGAUUCCAAUUUACGGUCAACACUAUAUUCAGCCCAGGAAAUAGAAAAUUCAUUUUGGUAUUUGUCGAUGACAUUUUGAUUUUCAGCUGUUCACUGGAAGAGCAUGUACAGCAUCUCAAGUAUGUCUUUCAGACUCUAGAACAAAACAACUUGUAUGUGAAAAGAAGCAAGUGCUCCUUUGCCCAGCCGGCUCUUGAAUACUUGGGACAUAUAAUCAGUGCACAAGGUGUUUCCACGGAUCCUGCCAAAGUGUCUGCAGUAGCCAAGUGGCCACAACCUACUUCUGUCAAGCAGCUCAGAGGAUUCCUUGGUCUGGCCGGAUAUUACAGGAAGUUCAUAAGAAAUUUCGGAGUCAUUAGCAAACCGCUGACCAACUUGCUCAGAAAAAAUGUGUUGUACAUAUGGACCUCCCUAGAAGAGCAAGCUUUUCAAACACUCAAGCAUGCCCUAGUACAGGCGCCGGUGCUCGCACUGCCAGAUUUUACGAAAGAGUUUGUGCUGGAAACAGAUGCCUGCGCAACAGGGGUGGGAGCAGUAUUAAUGCAACAAGGGCAUCCCUUGGCAUUCUUCAGUAAGGCACUGGGCCCUAGGAAUCAGGCACUUUCCACGUAUGACAAGGAGUGCCUAGCUAUCAUCCUGGCUAUUGACAAAUGGAAAUCCUAUCUGCAACACAACCCUUUUGUUAUUCACACGGAUCAGAAAAGCUUGGUCCAAUUGGGAGACCACAAAUUCAACACCCACAUCCAACAAAAAGCAUUUUUCAAACUCAUGGGGCUGCAGUACAAAAUCUUCUACAAGCCUGGCAUCACCAACAAAGCUGCAGAUGCACUAUCAAGAAGAGAGCAUGACCAGGAGGUUUAUGCCAUAUCUGCUGUUCAACCAAAAUGGCUCGACACCGUGAUAGAAGGCUAUCGGCUAGACCCAAAAGCACAACAAUUGCUUACAGAACUGAGUUUGAGCAACACAAAUGACAAGGGGUUUUCCCUGGUGAAUGGCAUCAUUAAAUACAAAAACAGGGUUUGGCUGGGCACUCACAAAGCAGCUCAUGCAGCAGUGCUGUUGGCCCUGCACAGCAGUGCAAUGGGGGGGCACUCUGGUUUUCUGGCAACAUAUCACAGAAUCAGAAAACUCUUUGCUUGGCCACACAUGAAGGAGGACAUCCAGAAAUUUGUGCAAACCUGUGAGGUAUGUCAGCAGGCCAAGACCGAGCACAACAAAUCUCCGGGGCUGCUCCAACCCCACAACAUUCCACCUGAAGCAUGGCACACAGUCAGCCUAGACUUCAUCGAGGGACUGCCAAAGUCGGGCAAGUUUGACGCCAUCAUGGUGGUGGUGGACAAGUUCUCGAAAGUGGGACACUUCAUUCCGUUGAAGCAUCCCUUUACUGCUGCCACGGUGGCCCAGAUAUACAUGGAUCAGAUUUAUAGGCUGCACGGUAUGCCAGAGGUGCUUAUCUCUGACAGGGAUAAAAUCUUCAUCAGCAGUUUUUGGCAACAAAUGUUCAAUUUGGCGGAUACCACCCUCAACAUGAGCUCAUCGUAUCACCCGCAGACGGAUGGUCAAACGGAGAGGCUGAACCAAUGUUUGGAGACAUACUUGCGCUGCAUGGUACACUCCAAGCCAAGUCAGUGGGCGAAGUGGCUGCCUCAAGCGGAACAUUGGUACAACACAACUUUCCAUUCCUCUCUUGGAAGAUCACCAUUUGAAGUUCUGUAUGGGCGCUCCCCCAGAAAUUUUGGAGUACCCACAACACCAGAAGGCACAAACCCAGAUCUGGCUAGCUGGUUGGAGGAGCGCGCGGAAAUGCUGCCUCUGUUCAAACAACAUCUAGAGAGGGCCCAACAACGCAUGACUUACCAAGCCAACAAGAAAUGCCUGGAACGCAGCUUUCAAGUGGGAGAUCGCGUUUACUUGAAACUACAACCCUAUGUGCAGCAAUCGUUGGAACCCCGCAGCUCCCAGAAGCUAUCCUUCAGGUAUUUUGGGCCGUACACCAUUUUGCAGAGAAUUGGACCGGUCGCGUACAAGCUGGACCUGCCUCCCACAUCACGCAUUCACCCAGUGGUUCACGUCUCGCUGCUGAAGAAGGCGCUUCGAGCAGGGGAUAUAGAUGCAGCACCACUGCCGGUGGCAAUGAUUUCAGAACAACAGCUGUGCCAACCAGUUCGGAUUUCGGGCGAAAGGUUUGUAAAGCAAGGGAACAAGCUCAAGGCUCAAGUUCAGGUACAGUGGGAAGGUUUGCAAGAAGAUCACACCACCUGGGAGGAGGUGUUCUCCAUCGUCGCUGCUUAUCCUACGGCACCAGCUUGGGGACAAGCUGUCUCUCCAGGAGGGGGUAUUGUCACGACCUCGUGUCUGCCAGAAGCCAUCAAGAUUCAGAAGAGAACAGAUGAAAGGCAGCGACAACGUGAGGCCCAAGUGGACUCCGAAGCCCAGCGGCGCAACAAGGCCAAGCCCAGUCCAGAGCCACUGGACGAGAGUAUUUGGUCAGGGUCUGCGAGUGGAUGAGGCAUCGCUGAUGAAAGACGUGAGACAGUGUCUCUCUUAUCCUCCUUUCCCUUCCUCUCCAAGCUGCUGCGUCAGCCUUCUAUUCCCCAAUUCCGGCGAGACGCCGCGAAUCUUGUAACUGGAGUUGAGUAAUUCAGGCGAGGUUCGUGACAUCUGGUAUCAGAGCCCCUUCGAUCUGCUCGAUUCUCUUGAAUCGCCGGGUAAAUCCCUGAGCAAGGCCGAGGCGGGGAUUUCUUUUUCCUCUGCUUCAUCAGUCCGAGCAAGGGGUCGGUGAUUUCGGAGCGCGUGAUCUAGGUGUGUGGUGAGUCAUGGAGGCGUUGACGGCGGAGCUUGCGCAGAUGCGCAAGGAAAGCGAGGCCACGGCGGCAGCGAUCCAACUGUUGCUGACCACAGCGAAGAAUCUGGGCACGUGGAUGCCGACAGUCGAUAAGUCCAUGGAGGCGAUGCGCAAAUCACUGGAAGAGGUGGGAGGGCGCGUCACGGCGUUGGAGACAGGGGUACCGAUGAUCACACCGUAUCUCGCUCCAGAGCAGGCGAGGGGAGCGGAGGCCGAUGAGCAAUUGGGGGACGCAUCUCGGGCGGCCAUGGCACCAGCGCCGGGUCUGAACAAGAGUAAGAAGCAGUUCCCUCAAACUCCGGUUCGUUUCGAAUUAGGAGACUAUACAGGCAUGGAGGACAGCGAAGGAUCGAGCAUCAGAGGCCGAUUUGGGUCAUCACGGCUGCCAAAAACUGAUUUCCCUCGAUUUGAUGGGGAGAACCCGAGAUGGUGGAAGGGGGUGUGCGAGAAAUACUUCUCCAUGUACCAGGUUCCUCGAAAUACUUGGGCAGCAUUCGCCACAAUGCAUUUCACGGGGAAUGCUGCGUUGUGGCUACAGACCUAUGAGGCAGAUCAUGAGGUGGAGAGCUGGGAAGAGCUGGUGGUGGCCAUACAUUCCAAGUUUGGCAAGGAUAAACAUCUGAAGUAUCUCGAAGCACUGGAGAGAUGCAAACAAGUUGAUACAGUGGAGAACUACCAUCACAAAUUUGAGGAGCUCAGACACAAAGUCUUAGUGCAUAACAGGCACUAUGAUGAGGCGUUCUUUGUCACCAAGUUUGUGGGAGGGCUGCACCUGAACAUCCAGAAGGCCAUCAGGUUGCACAACCCAAAAACAGUGGACACCGCUCUCUCCUUGGCACUCACACAGGAAGAACUGCUGGAAGAAGCGAGACAAUACUCAAGUGCUAAAUUCAAGCACAACUACAAAACAAACUUCAGUCAUCCCUCCCCUGCAAAAGGAAUUUUGUCUGCACCCAAUGCUGAAGAGAGGAAACAUAUUCCUGACAAACCGCCUUGGGAAGACAGGUUUUCUUCCUUGAGAGCCCAGAGAAGGGCUAGAGGCGAAUGCUUCAAGUGUGGAGACAAAUUUCAACCAGGCCACAAGUGCGCCAAGUCUGUACCACUACACAGAGUGGAAGAACUGAUAGACAUUUUGAUGCUACAGUCCAAUUCCGACAAUGAAAAUGAUCAGCAGGAGUCUAGCAGUGGGGGAGAGGAAGAUGUAAUGUUGAUAUCUCAAUGCGCCACUGGUGGGGGUGUCGGUAAGAAAACAAUCAGGCUACAAGGGUGGAUGCAUGGCAAGCAAGUGCUGAUCCUAGUCGACUCUGGCAGCUCCGGGAGUUUCAUCAGCGAUAACACUGUAAAAGAUCUAGGCCUGGAGAAAAAGGAGGUGAGCCCAAUCACUGUAACGGUGGCAGAUGGGGGCAAAACAGUGUGCAACGAAAUGGUGGAAAAUUCAGUAUGGAAAUGCCAAGGACAGGUGUUCCAAACACAAUUGAGGGUGUUUGGGCUGUCUGGGUAUGACAUUAUAUUGGGAAUGGACUGGCUCUCUGAAUUCAGUCCAAUGUGGAUUGACUGGAAGAAAAAGGUCAUAAGGUUCAGAUAUGGGACCAAGAGAAUUACACUUAAGGGAGUCAAGGAUAACACAACCAAGUGUGCCCCAAUUUCAGCAGUGGAACUGCAGAAGCAAAUUCAAAAAAGAGCGGUGGUUCAAGUUGUGCAGUUGUGCUCAUUAGAGGAUGCUGGAAAAGAGGUGCUAUUGCCACCUGAAGUAGAACAAGUAUUGUCAGAGCAUACCAAAGUGUUUCAGGAGCCACAAGGCUUACCUCCGCACAGGGUCUUCGACCACAAGAUUGUGCUUGUUCCGGGGGCACAACCCGUGAAUGUGAAACCCUACAGGUACAGUCCCCAGCAGAAGGACGAGAUUGAAAGGCAGAUCACUGAGAUGCUCAAACAAGGAAUCAUCAAGCCCAGCCAUAGUCCAUUUGCUUCUCCGGUGUUGCUGGUCAAGAAAAAGGACGGCAGUUGGAGACUAUGUGUGGACUACAGGCAUCUGAAUGCCAUUACUGUCAAAGACUGAUAUCCAAUGCCGGUGGUGGAGGAGCUAUUGGAUGAACUGUCUGGGGCCAAGUACUUCACAAAACUAGACCUCCGAGCUGGGUAUCACCAAAUAAGAAUGGCAGAAGAAGAUGAGCCAACCAUGGUCACUUCGAAUUCAGGGUCAUCCCUUUUGGACUCUCUUGUGCUCCAGCUAGAUUCCAAUUUACGGUCAACACUAUAUUCAGCCCAGGAAAUAGAAAAUUCAUUUUGGUAUUUGUCGAUGACAUUUUGAUUUUCAGCUGUUCACUGGAAGAGCAUGUACAGCAUCUCAAGUAUGUCUUUCAGACUCUAGAACAAAACAACUUGUAUGUGAAAAGAAGCAAGUGCUCCUUUGCCCAGCCGGCUCUUGAAUACUUGGGACAUAUAAUCAGUGCACAAGGUGUUUCCACGGAUCCUGCCAAAGUGUCUGCAGUAGCCAAGUGGCCACAACCUACUUCUGUCAAGCAGCUCAGAGGAUUCCUUGGUCUGGCCGGAUAUUACAGGAAGUUCAUAAGAAAUUUCGGAGUCAUUAGCAAACCGCUGACCAACUUGCUCAGAAAAAAUGUGUUGUACAUAUGGACCUCCCUAGAAGAGCAAGCUUUUCAAACACUCAAGCAUGCCCUAGUACAGGCGCCGGUGCUCGCACUGCCAGAUUUUACGAAAGAGUUUGUGCUGGAAACAGAUGCCUGCGCAACAGGGGUGGGAGCAGUAUUAAUGCAACAAGGGCAUCCCUUGGCAUUCUUCAGUAAGGCACUGGGCCCUAGGAAUCAGGCACUUUCCACGUAUGACAAGGAGUGCCUAGCUAUCAUCCUGGCUAUUGACAAAUGGAAAUCCUAUCUGCAACACAACCCUUUUGUUAUUCACACGGAUCAGAAAAGCUUGGUCCAAUUGGGAGACCACAAAUUCAACACCCACAUCCAACAAAAAGCAUUUUUCAAACUCAUGGGGCUGCAGUACAAAAUCUUCUACAAGCCUGGCAUCACCAACAAAGCUGCAGAUGCACUAUCAAGAAGAGAGCAUGACCAGGAGGUUUAUGCCAUAUCUGCUGUUCAACCAAAAUGGCUCGACACCGUGAUAGAAGGCUAUCGGCUAGACCCAAAAGCACAACAAUUGCUUACAGAACUGAGUUUGAGCAACACAAAUGACAAGGGGUUUUCCCUGGUGAAUGGCAUCAUUAAAUACAAAAACAGGGUUUGGCUGGGCACUCACAAAGCAGCUCAUGCAGCAGUGCUGUUGGCCCUGCACAGCAGUGCAAUGGGGGGGCACUCUGGUUUUCUGGCAACAUAUCACAGAAUCAGAAAACUCUUUGCUUGGCCACACAUGAAGGAGGACAUCCAGAAAUUUGUGCAAACCUGUGAGGUAUGUCAGCAGGCCAAGACCGAGCACAACAAAUCUCCGGGGCUGCUCCAACCCCACAACAUUCCACCUGAAGCAUGGCACACAGUCAGCCUAGACUUCAUCGAGGGACUGCCAAAGUCGGGCAAGUUUGACGCCAUCAUGGUGGUGGUGGACAAGUUCUCGAAAGUGGGACACUUCAUUCCGUUGAAGCAUCCCUUUACUGCUGCCACGGUGGCCCAGAUAUACAUGGAUCAGAUUUAUAGGCUGCACGGUAUGCCAGAGGUGCUUAUCUCUGACAGGGAUAAAAUCUUCAUCAGCAGUUUUUGGCAACAAAUGUUCAAUUUGGCGGAUACCACCCUCAACAUGAGCUCAUCGUAUCACCCGCAGACGGAUGGUCAAACGGAGAGGCUGAACCAAUGUUUGGAGACAUACUUGCGCUGCAUGGUACACUCCAAGCCAAGUCAGUGGGCGAAGUGGCUGCCUCAAGCGGAACAUUGGUACAACACAACUUUCCAUUCCUCUCUUGGAAGAUCACCAUUUGAAGUUCUGUAUGGGCGCUCCCCCAGAAAUUUUGGAGUACCCACAACACCAGAAGGCACAAACCCAGAUCUGGCUAGCUGGUUGGAGGAGCGCGCGGAAAUGCUGCCUCUGUUCAAACAACAUCUAGAGAGGGCCCAACAACGCAUGACUUACCAAGCCAACAAGAAAUGCCUGGAACGCAGCUUUCAAGUGGGAGAUCGCGUUUACUUGAAACUACAACCCUAUGUGCAGCAAUCGUUGGAACCCCGCAGCUCCCAGAAGCUAUCCUUCAGGUAUUUUGGGCCGUACACCAUUUUGCAGAGAAUUGGACCGGUCGCGUACAAGCUGGACCUGCCUCCCACAUCACGCAUUCACCCAGUGGUUCACGUCUCGCUGCUGAAGAAGGCGCUUCGAGCAGGGGAUAUAGAUGCAGCACCACUGCCGGUGGCAAUGAUUUCAGAACAACAGCUGUGCCAACCAGUUCGGAUUUCGGGCGAAAGGUUUGUAAAGCAAGGGAACAAGCUCAAGGCUCAAGUUCAGGUACAGUGGGAAGGUUUGCAAGAAGAUCACACCACCUGGGAGGAGGUGUUCUCCAUCGUCGCUGCUUAUCCUACGGCACCAGCUUGGGGACAAGCUGUCUCUCCAGGAGGGGGUAUUGUCACGACCUCGUGUCUGCCAGAAGCCAUCAAGAUUCAGAAGAGAACAGAUGAAAGGCAGCGACAACGUGAGGCCCAAGUGGACUCCGAAGCCCAGCGGCGCAACAAGGCCAAGCCCAGUCCAGAGCCACUGGACGAGAGUAUUUAGUCAGGGUCCGCGAGUGGAUGAGGCAUCGCUGAUGAAAAACGCCGAGUUGAGUCAAGCCGAGCGAUGAACAAAAUCUUGCGUCCUGAAGCUAGCAGGAGGUGAUUUCGUUGGCGGCAUCAACUCUCUAUCGUGCAAUUCUCCACCCUCCCGGUCACUAUGUUCAUUUCAUGUUCCUUAUGUGUAAGCGAGAUGAACUUCUGUGUGCUUUUGCCUGUACUGUUACUUUAUUUGGUGAACCAGCUGGUUUAUUCACCAGUGUGUAAUAA